CUUAAUUACAAAGAGCUCGGAGUUUGCUUAUCUGAUUGGAUUAAGCGACUCUGACUCUAUAGGUCGGUGGGCGAAUCGGGUUUUGUGUGUCCCAUUUUGACUGUUAAGAGGGAAGUCUAUGUCCGGGUUUAUAUGAAGUUGUGGAGUUUCUGAUACGGAAUUAGUAUUCCGGCACCUGAUGAAGAAACUUUAGCUGCCGGGGUGUGCGCUACUUAUUCAGAUAUUCUAUACCCUGUAAGGGUUUUAUGCGUGCUUGACAAUGUCUAUGGACUUUGAUAGUGGCGCACUGCAGACUCAGCAAGAGGAUGAAGAGUAUGAUAAGGAGGAUUAUGCCCGAGAGCAAGAGCUGCAGCAGUUGUUAACAGAUCUUCCCCAUGACAUGUUAGAUGACAGCCUUUCCUCAUCACCAGAGCCAAGCUAUAGUGAUUGCAGUGGUCAUGACAUAUCUGAACAAAUGCAACAGUGGGAGCAUGGAACAAAUUCUGGUAAUGAAGAAUUGCUAAACCAUCAAAAGCCCUAUAGAAAUGGAUUUACAGAAAAUCAAUAUUGUGUGGAAUUUGUGGAUAAACAAGAUGACCAUUUUCGAAAUCAAAUGCCUACUGAUCAGAUGUCCAAUGGAUGGAAUUCGUUGCAUGCUAACGAAGAUGACAACAUGUUUGAUGGCAAAUACAGUUACUCAAAAGAUCAUGUUUACAACAAUGAAUCAAAUGGGGAAGCCUUUCACAGAGUAGAUCAUUAUGAUGCACGUGGUAAUUGUUCUAGCAGUGAGUUGUACCAUCUUCCAGAUGAUUUUCAACCCUAUACAAACCGCGAACAACAGCUUGAACAUUUUCCGGAUGCUAAACGAGAGCAUUUUCAGGGGUUUGCUGUGCCAGAAGAAAGUAGUAAUCAAUCUACAGAACCUUUUCAAGUAAAAUACAAUCCUUACCAGAUAAAUGUUGCACGAAAGGAUGACAUUAGCCAAGAGCCAGGAAGAAGAGAUGGCAAUUUUGAUGACUUGCAAAGAGAGUUUUUGGAUACUGGGGAAAAUUCAGCAGGCAACAUGCAGUUUGUGCAGCUUCAGGUUUUAUACAAAGCAAGAGGAAGACAGCUUGAAGAACAAAACAACAAGUUAGAGGAGAGUGAAAGACAAAUAAGAUAUCUUAACCACCAACUUGCAAUAAUUAAAGAUCAAAAGGAUGGAUUGGCCAUCAGCCUGCAAGAAUCUCAAAACCUACUUCAAAAUUCCAGAGAAAUGGAGAUUCAGUUAAAGGGGCAAUUGACUGCCCUGGAAAAGUCAGUUGAGAGUUUAACCACAAAUGAAGAACACUUGAGAAAAGAAUUGGAUGUUUCUAAAGUAUCAAUGGAGAGUAUGCAGCAACAGCUUCUAGACUUAUGCCGCUCUGAGUCCAUACAAAGAACUAGAGAGCAACAUGAAACUGUUGUAUCAAUGCUGAAAAGGAAACACGAGGAACAAGUGUUGGUAUUACAGCAGAAGCUUGAUAAUGUAAACGCAUUGCUUAAUGAAGAAAAAGAGCUGUGUAGCUGUUUGGAGGACCGGUUAAAACUGUCUGAAAGAAAGCAAGAAGAAGGCAAACUUGACAAAACUGAUAUAAUUAACAGGCUCACUAAGAGUCUAGAAGAAAGUCAGAAGCAGUGUGCUAACCUUCUGCAGAGUGGCUCAAUACAAGAAGCUACUCAGCUAAGGUUCCAGCUACAGCAAGUACAGUCUUCGAAGAUCAUAAAUGAUAGCAUGAACAAAGCCUUACAGGAGGAGGUACGUGAACUGCAGGAACAAAUUAAAAUGUAUGAAUCUGCUGCAAGGCUGGGACUUUUUGUCAACAGUGGUGAAGAGCAACUACUCUCUGAUUCAUAUGUGGAAUUGGGAAUUAAAAAGGUUAACUGGCAAAAAUCACGAAAGAGGGUAAUGGAAAAUAAUGGAGUGAAGAAUAACCUUUCUUCAGAGGAGAUCAACUUAGAACUUAAAACUGAGCUUGAACGUUGCUUGAACAGCAAUAAAACGAAAAGAAAGCAGAUUGUUCAGCUGCAGGCCAAAGUGAAGGGACACCUUUUAAAAAGUGAAGGAUUAAAGAAGUCCUUGGAAGAGGCAGAAAGGACAGCCAGGGACAGUCAGAUUCAAGCAGAAAACCUAGCAAGCAAAGUUGAUAAGGGUCCGUGCCACAAUUUAUCAAGUGAUGGAUUUAGGGAAGAGAUUCAAAGACUUCAAAGUGAAAAGCAGAUACUGCAGCAAGAAAAUGAGAAGCAUUUGCUGUGUAUCAAAGAGAUUACUGCAAAUGAGGAGAAACUGAAGGCUGCUAACCAAGAACUCUGCAAUGAAAUGAGAGGGAUGAUACAGGACUCUGAUAGAGAUAAAAAAGAAGCUAUUGAAAGAUGUGAAAGGACAUAUGAACAACAUAAUGAAGAUAUAAAGGCCAAUUUACUAAAAGAGCUGAAUGAAAAAUAUGAAUCGGAAAAGGAACAACUAUCCCAGGGUUAUGAGGAAAAAAUAACUCUUCUACAAGCACAGAUGAAUGAAAUGCACAGUGAAAUAGCUGCAGUGCAAGAGUGUUACAUAGCAGUCUGUAAUGAGAAAGAUGCAUUGGAAGAUAAUACGAGAGAACAUUUUAAGAAGGAGCUUCAGAAAAGUGAAGAAGAGAUCACUACAAAAGCAAUUCAAGAUGUUGAAAAGGAAUGGGAACAAAAACUAAAACAAGCUUUGCAAGAUGCCAAGACUAAAAGUCUGCAAUGUUUUGAAAGUCAGACUAUUCAGACAGAUGAAAGCUUCCUUACCAAAUUUGCCUUACAUGCAGACUGCAUUGAUGAGCUAAAGGUUAAAUUGCAGAAUGCUGUGCAGGAAAAAGAAAGAGCUGUACACCAGGCUCAGAUAGAAAUGGAAGAGCACCACCAUGAGGAGAUUUCCAAACAGGUGGAAGUGGCUUUAACCAGGGCUUAUGGACGAUGGCUGCAAGAAUUUACCAGUUUACCUGAAUACAAAGCUCAGCUUAAGCUGGAGCAGGAAAAAUGGGAGAAAAUGAAUGAACUUAAUAUGGAGAGACAGAUAUCAGAUGCUCUCCAUGCAGCAGAUAUAAAAUGGAAAAUGAGGUCAGACAAAGUUGAUUUUACAGUCAGACAAAAAGAGUUUGAAGAGAACAUUGCAUCGAUGGAGCGAGAACUUGAGCUGAAGGAAGACGAGUUUCAGGCUUUACUGAAGGCUGAAAUAGCAAAGGCUCGGGCACAGUGGAACAAAGAAAAACAUGAUGAAAUCCAGAUGCUACAGGAAGACAAUGAAAAGGAUUACCGUGUUUUUUUAGAUGAGCAUCGGAAUAAACUGACUGACGCUCUAUCAACUGCCAAAGAAGAAUUUGAAAAACAAAAAAAUGAACUGAUUGCACAAAAAGAUGAAGAAAUAGCAAAGAGACUAGAUGAAAGCCUGAAACAAAGGGCCUUAGAAGAAUCCCGACGCAUGCGUGACCACGAGAAUGAUAUUCUGGCAGAAGUUGAACAGUGUCUGUAUGAAAUACAUGAUCAGUUGUUGGAUAAAUCCACAAUCCAAGAUCGAUUACCUAGCAUGAAGAGCAAUUUAGAUGUUAACUUUCUGGAGAAGUUAAAAGCUUGCUUACAGAAAUUUGUGAAGGGCAUUCUCUACAAAGUGCUGGCAAAUGCAAGACAAGACUGGAAAAAGAAAUAUGACAUUGAAUCAAAUCAAGAGACUGGCAAGACAGGAGGGGAGCUAGAAAGACCAGAGAAGAGAAAAACAGCAAAAAUGUUCCCCUUCGACAAAGAUCUGGGUAAAACUGAAAAACAGCCUUGUUGUGAGCAUUGGGUCCAACAACUUGAGAAAUCAAAAAAGGAGUGUCAUGAGAUCAGAAGCAAGCUAGAAAAAGCAUGCAGACACCUUCAACAACUUGUAAAGGACCAAAAAAUCAAAGCUGAAAAAUAUAGAGAAAACCACAUACUUACAGAGGAACUGAAAAAGCAAAAUAGCGAGUUGCAGAAAAAACUUGAGCUGACAGUUGCACAGUCUCCUGCAUGCUUGGAGCCAGCAGAGGGUGGCAGUGAAGGCUGCACGAUGUGUAAUGGCACUGCUUUAGAAAAAAUACGUGUUCAAUACAUCAAAGCUGUGGACAACAUCAAAAAUGAUAUGCUUCGUUACAUUCAUGAAAGUAAAGGUAGAGCUACUGAAAUGCUCAAAUCUGAAGUUUUAAGAGAACGACAAGAAACUGCUCGUAAAAUGCGGACGUACUACUUGACAUGCCUGCAGCAACUUCUAAAAGAUGAUGGGAAGAAUGAAGGAGCUGAGAAAAAAAUCAUUAAUGCUGCCAGCAAACUUGCUACUAUGGCCAAGGUUUUGGAAUCUCCUGUUUCUAAAAAGUUCCAGCUCAAAAGCCUAAAGUCAGAUAUGCCACAGAAGGAAAAUAUUUUGACUGAAACUACACAAGACCAGAGAAGCUUACUGAAGCCAGCCCACAAUAAAAAUAAUAAUCCUUUGGAUCAGAAUGUUGACCAGCAGACAAUAGAGGAGCUCAUCAAAAGGCAUGUUCGGGAAAAGUCUCAAUGGAACAAAGUAACAGAUGCUGAAGGAGCUUCUGCUAUACACGAGAAUUCUUCUUUUCCAACACUUAGAAAACAUUUUUUAGAUAAUGCAAAUUCCCAGUUUACCACCACAGUGCCAUUUCAGAAAGUAAAAGCCUUUAGCUGUAUUGAUUCCAGUACUGAGUGUGUCCCUGUCGCUCAUCAGGAGGAAAACGAACAAUCCACUUUGAAAGCUGGUAGAUUAUAUCCCAACGCUGAACAGCCAAAGAAAAAAUCAGGUCUGCAAAAGUUUGAUCUGCAAGAAACCCCUGUGCGGGAUGAAAAUGGAAGCAAUGACUGGAGCUGUAUUAGCAGUAAAAGCCUGUUUCAGCAUCACCCUGCAAGGGGUUCUUUGAAAAUGGAACCGCUGAUUUUAGAUGUUGAAGAGCAUUCUUCAGCUGCAGCUUUAUGUUCUCUUACUCAGGAAAACCAUGAUACAUUUAGCAGUGGCGAUAGAAAUAAACAUUUUGCUCACGUUGCAAAGAGAAAAUAUGUCAAUCCAAGAAAGUAUUCUAAUAAGAUCCAAGAAACUUCUCCUCCAGCUACAGGAAUUCAUCCAGAAUCUAAAUUAUUUUCAGAUGUAGGUCAAGGCAACAAGCUGCCAUCAAGAAAAUUGUUACUUGACUUUGCAUUAUGUCCACAGCAAGACAGUGGUUUUGACAGCCCAUUCCCCAAUUUAAAUAGUUUCAACUAAUAACUGAAAUUGCACAUGCUAUAAACAAUUAAUUUAUAAGGGAACCCUUAACUUUAUGGUUUAUGGAAACAUUGUUUCCUUGUAUGUUAUCUACACUAUGUGUUUACAACCUUGCGUUUUUUUAAUGUGUUCUUUGUGCAAACAAGUUGUGUGGUUAUUUUCUAUCAUCUUGUGUUCAAAAAUCUAUUUUUUUAUCCAUAUUUAUGUGUUUGUGUUUGAUUGCCUUAUUUAUAAUAAAGCUAAUUUGUGAAGUGU